CCCCACCACACCAAACUUCCCCGCCGCAGACACCACCAACAUCUGCACAGCUAUCAAGAAGUAAGCAGCCCAUCCACCGCCCGCACCUCGCCCGCACCCUGCCUGCACCUCCCCCAGUACACACUACAAUCUAGCACCAUGUCCACCCUGAACAUGAACCGACCGCCGCCGCCAGCACACCGCCAUCCCCUCAUCCACCCGCGCACAGCAUCGGCUCCGGAGCUCGGCUCGGGCCGGUCCAGACUUUUCCCCGGCGACACCCGGCCCAGGCUUGCGCUGCGCAAUGCCUUGUCCAACCUAGCGCCCGCCCCCGCCUGGUCUAGACUAGCGCUCGCGCCCGCCCCGCCGCUGGUGCGCCGCCCGGCACCCUCUCUCCCGCACGCAGCAGCGACCCCAGCGUUCGGCUUGGGCCGCGGUCAGCUGGCACCCGCCUACGCUCCGCCGCUGGUGCACCGCAUCCACCCGUCGCUCCCACACGCAGCAGCGACCUCGGCGUUCGGCUUGAGCCACGGUCAGCUAGCACCCACCAAUGCUCCGCCGCUGGUAUGCCGUCCCCCACCCUCUCUCCCGCACGCAGCAUCGACCCCGGCGUUCAGCUUGGGUCUCGGCCGAGGCGCGCUUAUCCCCGUCAACACUCCGUCAAGACCCGCCGUCAAUGCCCCGCUGCUGUCGCACGGCUUUCCCCCGGCUCUCCAACGCACAGUAUCGACCCUGUCGUUUGGCAUGGGCCGCGGCCGCGGAAAUCGUGUGCUCGGCAAUGCUCCAUCCAGGCCCUACAACUCCCCGCCCUCACUCCCGCGAACAGAAUCGACCCCGGCGUUCGGCUUAGGACGCGGCCGAGGCGAGUUUACCUUUGCCACUGCCCCGCCCAACGCCCCAACCGAACCGCGUGCCGACCGCCGCUACUGGGACCACAACAGGAACCCGUUCAACUUCAAGGAUAACCACUUAUUCAAGCAUCCGAAGGUUUUCACAGGCAACACUCGCCUCCUGCUUUGGCCCGUCACCUUCCCCGGCAACGUCGACGAGGUGACUAUGGAGCAUUUGUGGUUUCUUCUGCCUCAUUUCCCGUUCCGCUGGGAGCCGACCGGAAAGGUUAUGUGUGAGGGCAUGGGCUGCGUUCUUACUUUGAAGAGGGCGAUCAUUGCGGUAAAGGCAGGAGGAAGAAUAAUGGUUGAAGUCAAGGUUUGGAAGGAGGAUGAGUGGUAGAGUGGGAGCGACUGGUCAGUGGAGCGAUUAGGCGACUGCCAGUUUCCGGGAUGUAGGCUUUUAGAUAGAAGUCAUGUAUCCUUUUCUAUUCAAGUCGCAACGUUCAUGAUCAAUAAAAUCAAUGCUCUCCACAAUCCACAAGUUUAAUGCAUAAAAAACAAAGUAACGUACAGUACAGCAUGGUAUUUCUAAUCCUUCUUCGCUCCCUUAACCUCCAGCUCAUGUCCCAUGAGCGCACCCAACCCUGGAACCACCUUAUUAACCAGCAGCUGGUACUC